AGGAGCGUGGCCACGCGACGGGGGAGGGGGGGUCACGAGGACAGCAGACGACCCUUGGCUGACGGGGUCGGCCGAACGGAUCGCGCCGCGCGGGGGCUGGGCGAGGCGACUGCGCCGGCUUCAGACAGCAACACGCGGACCCUGCCUACGUUACCCAGCAUUCCCCAGGGCCGGGCCCGGAACUGACUUGUUGCUGCAUCCGGGUGGGGGCCGCCUCUUCUGUCAGGUUGUCGACCCCGUCCCUGCCGGGUGCUUUCGGCGUCGGGUCAGGCUGAGCGUGUGGCGAGCGGGCCGGCCAUGGCGGACACAGCGCAGAACGGGCCCAUGCAAGGCGGCGCCGGCGGCGGAGCGGUGCAAUUUAUGAUGACUAACAAGUUGGACACAGCAAUGUGGCUUUCCCGUUUGUUCACAGUCUACUGUUCAGCUUUAUUUGUUCUGCCCCUUUUAGGGUUGCAUGAAGCAGCUAGCUUUUAUCAACGUGCCUUGCUAGCAAAUGCACUUACCAGUGCUCUUCGACUACACCAAAGGUUACCACAUUUCCAGCUAAGCAGGGCGUUCCUGGCUCAAGCUCUGUUGGAGGAUAGCUGCCAUUAUCUUUUGUAUUCUCUCAUCUUUGUUAAUUCUUAUCCUGUUACGAUGAGUAUUUUCCCAGUUCUGCUGUUCUCGUUGCUUCAUGCUGCCACAUAUACAAAGAAGGUCCUCGAUGCAAGAGGUUCGAAUAGUCUACUCUUCCUGAGAAGUCUUCUAGAAAAAUUAAAUGCUAAUCAACAGAAUAUUCUAAAAUUCAUUGCUUGCAAUGAAAUUUUCCUGAUGCCAGCUACAGUUUUUAUGCUUCUUAGUGGCCAGGGGAGUUUGCUUCAGCCUUUCAUUUAUUAUAGAUUUCUUACCUUGCGCUAUUCCUCCCGUAGAAAUCCAUAUUGCCGGACGCUUUUCACAGAGCUGAGGAUCGUUGUUGAACACCUAAUAAUGAAACCUUCAUGUCCUCUUUUUGUAAGAAGACUGUGCCUCAGUAGCAUUUCCUUUAUAAGCAGACUAGCACCAACAGUUGCAUAAUUAACAUUCAGAAAUGUUUAUGUAUAUAUUGUGAACAUUAUGAGCAGCUGGCAUUUCUGCUAAUGGUUAUAAAUUCCAGUUUUUACACUGAUCUCACUCUAGUUUGUAUAAAAUUGUGUAUAUGCUUCCCUCCAAGAUAUUCAGUGCAUCGUCUCACAUGUAAGUCCUACGUUUUCAAGAAAAUAUUGCUAUGCCCUAUUGCUAAUUGGUGAAAGUAUCCAUUUGUGUCUUAGCCAAAACUAUUUUAAAGAAAAAAUACCCAGGUGUAUAGAAUGUUAAAUGAAAAACCAAAUGGCAAACACAAUUGUACCUGUUUUUCCCAUAAUAUAGUCCUCCUGAAAGCAGAUAUAUAUUUAAGAAUUUUAGUCAAUCCUAGCUGUAGCCAUAGCUACUCUAAAAUGUUACCACAGCUUAAUUUUCAAACUGUGAUUGAUAGCAAUUGGCAUAUAGACACAUGCAGUACGUUUUGGACAGUAUUCUUUUCCACACUUUAAAUAUACCCAGUACACUUAAUUUGUUUAAAUUUAUGUAGUCAACUCAUGUAUGCAAACAUGGCCCAUUUAGAAGGUAAUGAAAUGGAUUAAAAAUCUCAUAAACUGUGAUGGCAGUUUUUUGGGAUAGAGUCUGUUUUUAAUGUAAUUUAAAAGUGAAUAUGCCAGCAGAUCACUAAAUGCCCUCAUACUUUCACAUCCUGUAUUUGGGAGAAUUCUGAAAGACCCGACCAUGUCAAACUCUCUAAACAGUGAGAUUAUCUUUCUAUAUGAUGAAUGUAACUUUGCCACUGUCGGGAAAUCAUUGACAAAUAGGCUUCUAGAUACAAUGAAGUAUUUAAACUUCUACCCAUCUCAAGUGAAUUAAUCAUUGUGUAUUGUAAUAGUGCAAAAUAUUAUCAUUGCAAAUACAAGUGGUCUUGUAUCUAAGUGCGAGACUGCAGCAGUACAGGCAUCUCUUUUUUUUUUUUUUUUUUUUUUUU